AUGAAUAUACAAGCAGAGCAACCUAAAGCCCAGAAGUCAUACAACUUUCUUGAGGUCGCAGAUGACACCCACGACUUUCUAGAGGUCGCGGAUGGCACCCACGACUUUCUUGAGGUCGCGGAUGGCACCCACGACUUUUUAGAGGUCGCGGAUAGUACCCAUGACUUUCUUUAUCAUAAUUAUGUGGCUUUUUAA